AUGUCUAAAGGGAAGAUGAAUGCGGAUCUAGGACCUGCGUUAAAGCCCUUUGACGGCAAGGAUGACUUCACAGAUUGGCAAAGGAUGAUGAAGAACGUACUGAUACAGCAAGAUUUGGAUGAUGCACUCAGCGGUGAGAAGCCAACAGGCAUGACAGACACAGCAUGGACUAAGGUUCUUAAGAAAGCCAAGAGUUCCAUCGAGAUCCAUCUCACAAGAUCAGUUCGGUCACACAUCACAGAAAAGAUGACUGCCCAAGAAGCAUGGGAAAAGUUGGAGAAUGUUUAUAUGGGCAAAACCGUGUCCAAUAAAAUUUUUCUAAAGGAUGAACUAUUCGGACUUCGACUGGAAGAAGGAGGUGAUAUUGAAGAUCACGUAUGCAGGUUUCAAAAUUGCAUAACUAAUCUUCAGAAGGUCGAAGAAACUUACAAAGAUGAUGAUAUGGCUAUCAUCUUGCUGAGGUCUCUACCUUCAUCUUUCAAGCACUUUCGAACAACUCUAAUGUUUGGAAAAGAGUCCCUGAAGCUUGAAGACGUGAUUCAAGCUCUUCAGUCAUAUGCUAAACUAGAUGAUAUAACUGAAAGCUCUCAAGGCCUUUAUGCCAAAGGCAAGGAAAGGGGGCGGGAAAAGACGAAGGAAGACAAAACAGGCAACAGAGGUAGGUCAAAAUCCAAGAAGAAAAAGGAAAAGAAGGAAGGUUGCUUCGAAUGUGGUUCAGCCGAUCAUUGGAAGAGGAACUGCAAGAUUUGGAAAGAGAAGAAAGCCAAGAGGGAAGGAAGCUCAGGUUCAGCUAGUGCAGUCACCGAGCAUGAGAGUGACGGGGAGCUUCUUUCAGUAACAUCAGGCUCCAAGGCUUUCACAAAUUGGAUUUUGGAUACCGGAUGCACUUUUCAUAUGUGUGCAGUAAGAGAAUGGUUCGAUACUUACAAAGAAGUCAGCAGCGGGGAAGUUUUAAUGGGGGACGAUUCUUCAUGUCCUGUAAAAGGAAUCGGCACUGUUCAAAUCAGAAUGUUUGAUGGGAUGAUACGAGUUUUGGGGAACGUUAGAUAUGUCCCUAGACUAAGAAAGAAUUUGAUUUCCUUGGGUACUUUAGAUGAGGCCGGCUAUGAGUACGAGUCUAAAAAGGGAAGACUCAGGGUAGCCAAAGGAUCACUGGUGGUAAUGCGGCAAAGGAAGGUAUCAUUCACGAGUAGCAGUGCAGAUAACCGAAGCAAGGAGCAACUCAGCUAUAUUCACUCAGAUGUUUGGGGCCCUGCACCAACCAAAUCAAAUGGUGGAGCCAGGUAUUUUGUUACUUUCAUGGAUGAUUUUUCUAGGAAGGUUUGGGUUUAUUUCAUGAAGCAGAAAUCCGAGGUUUUUGCAAAGUUCAAGGAAUGGAAAACAGAAACCGAGAAUCAAACUGGAAGAAAGAUCAAGUACCUGAGAAGUGACAAUGGAGGUGAAUAUACAAGUAAUGAGUUUACUGAUUACUGCAAGGAAGAAGGCAUCACAAGGCACUUCACAGUAAAGAAGAAUCCCCAACAAAAUGGAGCUGCUGAGAGGAUGAACCGAACUCUCAUGGAGAGAGAGAGGAGCAUGCGAUUUCAUGCAGGAUUGCCUGAUAGUUUUUGGGCAGAAGCUGUUAAUCAUGCAAGUUAUUUGAUUAACAGAUCACCAUCUACAGUUCUUGGUUUUAAGAGUGCAGAAGAGGUAUGGUCUGAGAAGCCAGUGGACUAUUCCAAGCUCAGGGUAUUCGGCUGUAGUGCUUAUGCACAUAUUCCAAGCGAUGAAAGGUCCAAGCUCAAACCAAAGUCUACACAUUGCAUAUUCUUAGGUUUUGAGAAAGGAGUGAAGGGUUUCAAGCUUUGGGAUAUCAACAACAGGAAAAAGGUUGUCAGCCGAGAUGUUGUCUUUAAUGAGACAACCAUGCCUCUGAAUAAAGUCGAGAGCAGUAGGGAGAAGAAAGACGAUGCUGAAAUUGAAGCAACAAAGAUUCCGUUAAUCAGUUCAGACAAAGAAGCUCAGGUGGAGCAAAUUGAGCAAGAUGCCGAAUCUGAUGGUUUUGAGGAAGAAGAUGAGCAUCAGCGUCGUUCACCAGUUAGGAAUCAGGUGGAGCAAGAAAUAGGGCAGAUUGAAGGCACUCUAAUCCGCCAGACAUCCCAAAGGGUUAGAACUCCAACCAACAAUCCACCUGCAUUCCAGAGAUGCAUAGCACUGGACAAACCUAAUCGGAAUAAGAAGAAACCUGACAGGUUUGGGUUUGACCAAGACGAAGUUAAUUAUGCUCUCAACAUUAGUCAAGGAGAUCCAACUACUUAUCGAGAAGCUAUAGCAAGUGAUGAGCGAGAUAGUUGGAUAAGUGCUAUGACAGAAGAAAUGGAGUCUCUUUACAAGAACUCUGUUUGGGAGUUGGUUCCUAAGCCCAAAGACAGAAAGCUAGUUGGAUGCAAGUGGGUAUUUAGGAAAAAGGAAGGACUACAUGAACAAGAUGCCGUGAGAUUCAAAGCAAGGCUCGUGGCUAAAGGGUACUCACAAAAGGAAGGAGUGGAUUAUGAUGAGAUCUUUUCACCCGUAGUUAAGCAUACUUCUAUCAGAUUGCUUUUAGCAAUGGCAACUCAGCAUGACAUGGAGAUUGAGCAGAUGGAUGUGAAGACAGCGUUUCUUCAUGGGGAUCUAGAGGAGACAAUUUUCAUGGCUCAACCAGAAGGGUUUGUUGAAUAUGGGAAAGAAAACCUAGUAUGUCAGCUAAAGAAGUCCCUGUAUGGCCUGAAACAGUCUCCAAGACAGUGGUACAAGAGGUUCGAUUACUUCAUGCUGAAAAUCAAUUUUAGAAGAUGUUUAUAUGACUGUUGUGUGUACUAUCAUGUGUUCCAAGAUGGGAUGGUCAUAUUGCUGUUGUUAUAUGUGGAUGACAUGCUAAUCGCUUGUCAAGACAAGUCUAGAAUUCAAGACUUGAAGAAGAUGUUGAGCGAGGAGUUCGACAUGAAGGAUCUAGGUGCAGCACAGAAAAUCCUUGGCAUGGAGAUUCAGAGAGAUAGGACCGCUGGAAGGAUCUGGAUAUCACAAGCCAAGUAUAUUCAGAAGGUUCUUGAGAAGUUCAACAUGCAAGAAGCAAAGGCAGUUUCGACUCCUUUGGCAGCUCACUUCAAGUUAAGUGGGCAACAGUGUCCUAAGUCCGAGGAAGAGCAGCAGGUAAUGGAGAAGGUUCCUUAUGCUAAUGUCGUGGGCUGCCUUAUGUAUGCAAUGGUAUGCACACGUCCAGACAUAGCUCAAGCAAUCAGUGUCGUUUCCAGAUACAUGGGAAAUCCAGGAAAGCAACAUUGGGAUGCAGUCAAGUGGAUUUUGCGUUAUUUGAAGGGUUCUUGGCGACAAAGGAUUAUGUUUGAGAAGCAAAAAGAAAAUGCAAGGGUGUUGGGAUAUGUGGAUGCUGAUUAUGCAGGGGACUUGGACAAGAGAAGGUCAACUUCUGGUUAUGUGUUUACAUGCGCAGGAGGACCGAUCAGUUGGAGGGCACUACUGCAACCAAUUACAGCUUUGUCGACCACAGAGGCAGAGUAUAUUGCAUUGGCCGAAGCUGGAAAGGAAGCAAUUUGGCUUAAUGGCUUGGUAAGUCAAAUGGGAAUCACCCAAGAUUUUGUGAAGCUGAAGUGUGAUAGUCAAAGUGCCAUUCACUUGGCAAAGAAUCAAGUUUUUUCUGGAAGAUCAAAGCACAUUGAAGCAAGAUAUCACAGAAUCAGAAAUUGGGUGGAGUCUAAGGAGAUUUGGAUUGAAAAGAUUCAUACGGAUGACAAUGCCGCAGAUUUCCUUACAAAGAUAGUGCCGGCCAAGAAGUUCAAGCAUUGCUUGAACUUGAUCAAUCUCGUUGAUUGA